AUGGAUUCAGAGCUCACUCCCAAAUUCGCCCCAUUCAUUGGGAUGGCUGGCAUUGGGGCCGCCAUGGUCUUUGGGUCCAUCGGCGCCGCCUACGGUACCGCGAAGUCGGGAAUCGGCAUCGCAGGCGUGGGAACGUUCCGACCAGACCUAAUCAUGAAGUGCCUAAUCCCCGUCGUCAUGUCCGGCAUCAUCGCCGUCUACUCGCUCGUCAUUUCGGUCCUCAUUGCCCAGGACCUGAACCCCCCCGGCAACGAAAGCUACUCACUAUUCGCUGGUUUCAUGCAUCUAGCAUGCGGCACCGCAGUUGGCAUGACUGGCCUCGCCGCCGGCUAUUGCAUCGGCAUCGUUGGUGACUCGGGCGUUCGCGCCUACAUGGAGCAGUCGAGGAUCUUUGUCGGCAUGGUUCUCGUUCUCAUUUUCGGCGAAGUGCUCGGCCUCUAUGGCCUCAUCGUCGCUCUCCUACUCAACGCCCGCAGCAAGGGCUGA